AUGAAAAAAACUUUAUCAAGCCGAUCACAAUUAAACACCGAAAAUAAUAAUUUAUCAGUUAAUAAUAAUAAUAGUAAAACUAUUAAUAAUAACCCAAAAUCAAUAAACUCAACAAGUUCACCAUCAAAUAACCCUCUCUCUCAAAAUCAUAAUCCUAAUCAAGGAUUUCCACAUUUUAGUGAAUUAAAAGCUGGUCACAUUUUAACUAAAAACUAUUUAAAUAAUCACCAAGAUAAUAAUAGUAAUAUAAAUAGUUUAAAUUCAACAAAAGAAUCAAAUAAUAAUAGCGUUGGUAGUGAUAAUAACCAAACCAAUAAUAAAACCAAAAAGUCACCAAUAUUAACACCAUCCAAUUCAUAUCAAAGAAUUAUUGACCCAGAUGAAGAAGCAAUUAACUUUUACUCAUUCUCAGGAUUCUUUCAUAAAUCAUUAAUAUUUUUCAUUUCAUUUCUUCCAUUGCUUUUCGUAGAAAAGCUUUUAACUUUAUUUGCUUGGGUUCAAUUAGAGCUUUUAAAAGCUAAAGGUAGAAAUAUUGGAGGUUCUCAACAAAGUUAUUCAAAAUUAAAGAAAAAAAGAAAGUCACAAAAAAAGAAAAAGAAUAAAUCAAGUAGUUCACCAAAUCUAACUGGUUCAGCAAACUCAACUGAUCAACUUGAAGUACCAAAUUCACCACCCUCACCACAAGCCAUUGGCACAAUUCCAGUUGCCCACACAAAAUCUUCACCAUUAGUUUUAAAGCAUCAAAGAAGAUUUUCAUUAUCAUCAUCAACACCUGGCAUAAGUUCAAUUUUAAAGAAUCAUAGACAAUUGAAUAAUACAAAUAGUGCUCUUAGUCCAAAUCAUUCAAUCAAAGAAAAGUUAUUACACCAACAACUACAAAACCAAUUACAUCAAAAAUCAGCCGAGGUCGCCGCUAUACGUGAUAAAGAUGAAGAUAUUAUUAAAUCAUUCCCUUCUACCCUUAUCCCUGAUCAAAUUCCUGUUACUGCAACACCAACAAUUAAGUUGACAACUGUUGAUGAUAACGAUAUUAUAAAUCAACACAAUGAUCAAUCUCAACAACACCAUCAUCUAUUUGGUAGUCCAGAUGCAAUUAGUUCAACUUUGGAAAGAAUUAAUUUAAAACAUAGAAAUUCAAUUUCAGCAUUUGAUCAAUUAGAUAAUAACAAUAAUGGCUCUGAUGACAAUUUAUCUUUAAAGAGUGAUGCUUCUACUGGUUCAAGAGUCACUUUUUCCGAUGAAAAAAAUAUGUUGGAUUGGAAUAAUAACUUAAAUCCAAAUGAUUUUAAAUUGGGUCAUUAUCAAAUGUCACAAGAAAAUAUUAAUUUAUUUAAUUCAAAUUCAUUAAAUCAACAUAAUAGUCUAUUACAGCAACAACAGCAACAAUUGCAACAAAUGCGUCACCGUUCUGAUUCAAUUUCAGUAUUACCAUCGUUAAUACCAAAACCAAUUUCAGAAAUUCGUCGUGUUAAUAGUGAACAAACUCUCUUCCAAUCAUCCGAAGAUACACUCCGUUUCGAAGCCAACCUUCAAAGUAAAAAAGAAUUUGAAGACUUUUUAAGAUCUGUAAAGGAUAUUAAAGAUGUACACAAUUGGUUAAAGAAUUUCAGUGGCUCAGCUUCAAAGAAAAUUGCUAUUGUUAAGAUUUCACGUCGUAUUCUUGAUACUCAAUAUGGUAUUGAUAGCGCUGCAUCAUCACUUUGCUUUAUGUACAAAUUCGGUUUAUACCCCAUUGUAAUUCACGGAGGUAUGAACGAUAUAUCUAAACUUCCAAUAUCAGAGGUGGUCAGAGAACGUAGAAUGAGAAGUGCACUCCUUAAAGAAGCUAUCAAAAAGAAUGGUGUAGGUUGUACCGUUUUAACUCCUGACAUUUGUGAAAUCGAACCAUAUGUCCAACCAAAUAGUAAUAACUCAUCAGAAAAUAACUCGGAUCUAUCCGAAGAAGAACAAGAGUAUGGUCAGAGUGAUGUACUUCCAUCAGGUGGUCUUAAUAUGAAGAUUGACUCUUUCGAUUACGAUAUUCUCACACAGGCUCUAGAUAAAGGUAAAAUUCCAAUUUGGGAUAGUGUUGCAGAGUCUAUUGAUGGUGUUGACAUUCCAAUUAAUUCAGAUGUUACAACAUUCGAAUUGGCUAAACGUAUCCAACCUUAUAAAAUCGUUUUUGCCUGUAAUGAUGGUGGUAUUUUAGAUGCUGAUCAUAAAGCUAUUCCAGUUGUAUACAUGGAUCAAGAUUAUAAAACACUUGUCGAGGCAGACCACACCACCAAUCGUAGACGUGUACAAUUAAAACAAAUGAAAAGAAUUGUAUCGCAUUUGUCAUCCUCAACCACUGUAGUAGUUACAUCCAUCGAAAAUAUUACUCAUCAACUUUUAUUCCCUCGUCUUGCUAAUGGUACCAUCAUCAAAAAGUCUGAAGAUAACAAAGUUUUAAUUUACGAUAGCAGUAGUUACCAUAAUAUCGAUAUGCCAAAACUUCGUGAACUUAUUGAAGAUAGUUUUGGAAAAAAACUUUCACUCGAUUAUUUUGAUUAUCUCAAAGACUCACUCUAUAAACUUUAUCUAUGUAUAUCCUCUGAUGGUGGAUAUAAUGGUUGUGCUAUUGUAACAUUCAAAGAGCCAGACUACAUCCCAUAUCUUUGUAAAUUCUGUGUUAGAAAAUCUGCUCAAGGUUUGGGUUUAGGUGAUCUUAUUUGGAGAGUAUUACAAAGAGAUAACGAAAAGCUAUAUUGGAGAUCAAGAAAUAGCAAUCCUUUAAAUCCAUGGUAUUUCCAACGUUGUCAAGGUUCAUUCAGACCAGAUUUAAACUUUACAAUUUUUUGGUAUGGUGAUGAUAAAUUUGAAGAUGGUAAAUUCCUCAUCGAUGAAGCUUUAAAUAAACCAGUAACAAUUAGAUAAAAAUUUCAAAUUACAAUUAUAUAU